CGGGCCUUCUUGCGGCUAGGAAAGGGCAGUGGAUCGGCUUUGCUGCGGAAAGGAGACGAGUACUAGCUACUGUUCACGAGGAAGGAGGGUGAAAUGGCUCAGCCCUCUGUGCAUUGAUGCUUUCGCGCGCCUGGAAAAGCGGUUCCAGUCAGAGUCCUUCGCCUUCUUAGAGCAGACAGAGACCAGCGCAGGCCAAGUGCCCACGGUUCACUUGGGAUCCUUCUUGGCCGGAACGAGAAGGGCUUCGCACAAGCUUCCUUGGCUGGAUUUAGUGACCCUAAAUCUCAUUUCUUGCGGCGCGUCUGGUGGGGCUGCACCCUCCGCAGCUGUCCUCUGUGAAUAGGUCGCUCACCUCUAAUCUCUGGAUGCCCCCUGCUCCUGUGGAACAAUUCAAGUUCCAACAUCAUCCGCUUUUUCCCGUUGUGUCCAUUAGUGUGAUAGGGAAAGAGCCUACUUAAAUAUCUAGAAGGUUUUAGAACAAGCGAUUUGGGGGGUAUGAGACUAGAUACCUGGCAGUGUGAGAAAACCAGGGUGCUUUAAUGAUGGACUGUUGUUAUUGGGGGAAAAGAGGAAUUGGAGAGCUGCCUGUUAUGAUAAACCUGUGGCAAAAAUGGAGAUUUAAUUCGAAAAAUUGUAAUUAAUGGAUAAAAUAGGUAUUAGGUUAUGGUGGUUUUAGUUGAGAUGUUCUUUUAAGAUGAGCUUUAUGAGAACACUUGUUUCUAAACUUAGACUACUAAAUCUUAUUUUGUGUUUUAUGUUGGAUCUCUGCUUUCCAACCAGAUGAUUAAAUUUUUCUUUUGAAAGAUGUUUCCAGGAAAUGGAAUGCAUUGAUUUGCAUCAGUUCCAUUUUGCCCUUAUUGUUUGAUUUUUUUUAAAACCACAUUUUGUCUUAAUUUUAGCUAUAAAAAAAUAAAUAGCACUUUCCAAAGGACUAUACAUGCAGCUGUUGCACUGUAAUAUUAGCUGUUUUAUAAAGAAUAAUCAAUAGUUUGGUAAGAACAGCAUACAAGUAAUAGUAAUACUAAAAAUUUUAUAUCUAACUUAUCGUUUUCCCUCUUAAAGAGCAUUUUAUUCAUUUAUACUCUUAUUUAUAUUAACUGAUUUCUACAGCCUUUAAAAUUUUUUGCUAACGUUUACAAAACUUUCCUAAAUUUUAUAAAACUAUAUAUUGAAAAAUAAACCAAGUUUUCAGAAUUUUACUUUACUGAAUGGGCUAGUGGCUAAUGUCAGUUCCAAAUAAUAGUUUGUUUCUUUAAUUCUUUUCCAGGAAUUAUCAAUACAGUAAAUAUGCUAAUAUUGAACAAGACAGCAGGAGUUUUUUCUAAACCAUCAAAAAGGAAAAUGUAUGAAUUUCUAAGAAGUUGUAAUUUUCAUCCUGGAAAACUAUAUCUUCAUAACCUAGUACUGGGAAUUGAAACCAGUUGUGAUGAUACAGCAGCUGCUGUGGUGGAUGAAACCGGAAAUAUUUUGGGAGAAGCAAUACAUUCCCAAACCGAAGUUCAUUUAAAAACAGGUGGGAUUAUUCCUCCAGUAGCUCAACAGCUUCACAGAGAAAAUAUUCAACGCAUAGUGCAAGAAGCGCUCUCUGCCAGUAAAGUCUCUCCAAGUGAACUUUCAGCAAUUGCAACUACCAUAAAACCAGGACUUGCUUUAAGCUUGGGCGUAGGCCUAUCAUUUAGUUUACAACUGGUAGACCAGUUGAAAAAGCCCUUCAUUCCCAUUCAUCAUAUGGAAGCUCAUGCACUUACUAUUAGGUUGACCAAUAAAGUAGAAUUUCCUUUUUUAGUUCUUUUGAUUUCUGGAGGUCAUUGUCUUUUGGCAUUAGUUCGAGGAGUUUCAGAUUUUCUGCUUCUUGGAAAGUCUUUGGACAUAGCACCAGGUGACAUGCUUGACAAGGUAGCAAGAAGACUUUCUUUAAUAAAACAUCCAGAGUGCUCCACCAUGAGUGGUGGGAAGGCUAUAGAGCAUUUGGCCAAACAGGGAAAUAAACUGCAUUUUGAUUUCAAACCUCCCAUGCAACGUGCUAAAAAUUGUGAUUUUUCUUUUUCUGGACUUCAUCAUGUUGUUGAUAAGAUGAUAAUGCAAAAGGAAAAAGAGGAAGGUAUUGAGAACGGGCAAAUCCUGUCUUCAGCUGCAGAUAUUGCUGCUGCAGUACAGCAUACAGUAGCCUGCCACAUUGCAAAAAGAACACAUCGUGCUAUUCUAUUUUGCAAGCAGAGAGACUUGUUAUGUCAAAGUAAGGCAGUACUGGUUGUAUCUGGAGGCGUUGCAAGUAACUUAUAUAUCCGAAAAGCUCUGGAAAUUGUGACAAAUGCAACACAAUGCACUUUGCUGUGUCCUCCUCCCAGACUGUGCACUGACAACGGCAUUAUGAUUGCAUGGAAUGGUGUUGAAAGACUGCGUUCUGGCUUGGGCGUUUUACACAACCCAGAAGGCAUCCGCUAUGAACCAAAAUGUCCUCUUGGAGUAGAUAUAUCAAAAGAAGUUGGAGAAGCUGCCAUAAAAGUACCACGAUUAAAAAUGAAGAUUUGAUUUUUGCUUUUCAAAAAAAAUCCCUAAAGGUAGUAAUAAAGUUUUUAUUUUUUGUAUAUCAAAUAUACAAUAUUAAUUGUUCAUCAAGACUUUCUUUGUUAUCCUUUUACUUAUGCUUGAUGUUUAACCUGCUCUUCUGAGAGACUAUAGUAAUAUGUUAUAGUUGUAUAAUAGAGUAUAGGGUUUUUUUUUAUUAUCAAAAACCAAAAUAAAACAUCUUGUGGGGAAAAGAAUGUACUGAUGUUGGCAAGUAGAAAGAAAAACCUUGGGGAAAAUAUAGCGAUUCUGCUAAAUCCUGCCCCCAUAUUAUACGGGCAUAGAUCUUUUCCCCCCUUUCUCAUAGCAGGAUAGUAGAAGCUCCUACUGAAACAUUAGCCUGACUUUUCUAAUGAGAGAGCAAUUUUAGAAGGGUAGCCAGGUCAAAGUCAUGUCAGCUGAGAACAAAACAAAAGAAUAUAUGUUAGUAAUUAUAAAAAUAUAUAUUAUUGUGUAUCUUCUCUGGAGCAAAUGGAUUUCUAUACAUUUCUUAAAAUCUGAGAUUUUAAGAAAUAUGAUAUGCAAGCAAUCCCUUAAGUAUAUAUUGUGCUUUUUAGUUGGCCACAUAUAUUCACAUUCAUUAUUUUAGAAAGUAUUUUUAAUCAGUGAAAAUAUAUAAAGUGAAAAGGGUUUUGUUUUAUUUUUGGAUAUCUUUUGAAUCUGAACUUUUACUGCAGAUAUCAUAACAGUUCAUGACUUUGUUUCUGCCCAGAUUAAAAUAACUGAAUGUACUGUCCUUUGAAUAUAAGGAUGAUGCUACUAACUAUUUAAUGUCCUUUGAGGGAUUUUGCUAGUAGAGAUUUAUGUUACACCAGCCAUACUGGAUCAACUUGUUAACUUUCUAAUUAGUGACUUGCUUUAUUGAGAAACUAGAGGGUAAGGAUAAAAAUCUAGAAUGAAAAGGCUUCUUAUUUUAAUCCUUCCUUAAGGUGACCUUCCUUUUGGGAAAUUCCAUAAGUAAUUCUUUUUUCUAGAAUUCUGAUCAUAGAAUAUUGCUUUAUGAUCCUCCAUUUUAUCCUGGAAAUAGAAAAUAUAAUUUAUAUGAGAGAACAUAUAGAAAUAGCAACAUUUAUAAAGCUUACAUUCUUUGAUGCUGAGGUAUAGGUAUGAUAGAAUUGGCUUGUAACUAUCAUGUAGAAGAAACUAUUAGUUUGUGAAUUCACCUUUUACAUUUGAAUUUGUAUUCUGUAUCAUGUGAAUCUGAAUACCCAGGGAGAAAGUGUAUUUCCUGUGGCUGUUACAGUAAGAGUGCAUAUAAACUAUGGAAGAAAACUGAACAAAAUUUUUCCCAUCAUCACAGAUUUUAUAAAAUAGGAAUUAAAAUUUCAAAGUAUCAAAAAUAUUACAGAUGCUACAAACACACAUGUCAAAAUUGAGUUCAUGAUAUAAUAAGGUAAACUACUGAUAAAGAAAACAAGCAUAUUCUGGAAGCAUUCCAUAUCUUUAGGUCUUUAAGUAUUUAACCAGAAGGAAGGAAGAGAAAGAAGAAAGAGAGAUGGGAAGGAAAAGGAAGGGAAAACACUGAACUCUAUAUUGGCAAGCAUAUGUGCCAAAGUUAGCUUAUAGUACAGGUAACAGGCAGGCAAUUUGCUGAAACUAUCUAUAUAUUGAGGCCUUUCUCAUCUUAUAUAUAAUUUUUAAAAAUAAAAAGAAAAUGCAGGGUAAUAAAAGCAAUCUGUACAAAAGCAAUCUGUACUUUGGGGCCGUACUUAAGGAGAAAUACUGUAAAGUUUUAAGCGUGGUAGGAUGGUCCGGCUAGGCCAAGAUACUCAGGAAAUGUCUGUGUUACUGAAUGCAGAAAAUCCGUGAUCCUUAAUUCUGAAACCACCUGAAGCUAGUUUCAAAGCUCAAAGUUUGCUCUCUAAAGGCUUUUUUUUUUAAUGUCUACAGAGGCUUAAUGUUUCCAUUUAUAUGAAUUCUUAACAGUGUUGAAUAAAUGACACAGGUUUUUAUCAUUUGAAUUAUUUAUCCCUUUCUAGUAUAAAAUAUGCCAUUCUCCCCAGAAUUCCUAUAUUUAGUCUCUCCACCAGGAAGUUGUGACUCAGAGCUAUUAAGAUAAUUUUGAAUUGAAUUUGAAGAGCUUUUCUUAUGCAGUGGUUAAGAGCACAGGCUUUGGACUGUGGCACACAGAAACCCCUAAGUACCUGUAGCUACAAUCACCACCAACAUUAUUGUUAUGUUAAGGCAUGUUGGAGAAAAUAACUGUUAAUUAAUAUAUAUGUUCAAUGCAGCCCAGGUAGACUAUAGAGACAAUUGAGCACAGUGGACAGAGAAAAGGGGGGCUCUUUAAAGGACCUACUCAAAUCUAGUUAGCUUUUAUGUUAAAUCUAUUUGCUGCUGUAAAAUAUGAGAAGCAGACAUACAUCAAAACUUGCACCUACUGGAAACAGUACUCUUUGGGCAAAGACAUCAUGUGAUUCUAAGCCACAAAGAAUAUCACCUAUUCCAGCUGCAAACCAAAGAUACUCUAUACAUGUGGACAGUGGUCAACAGUGGUGGCCAUGCUUUUUUGCCAUACUUUUGUGCUUGAUGGGAAAUGAUUACAGAUUUUUUUUUAGUAAAAUGUUUUUUAAAGUAUAUAUUUCAGAUUUUAGAAGACAUGCAUCUGUAGUAUUUAUCAUUAAAUAUCUUAAGGUAGUACAGUGAGUGUUAAUGUGUGGGCUACUUUGAAUCAGGCCUUUUUAGCCCAGCAUACCAAUUUAAAAAUGUGUCAGACACUUGAUAUAUAUACCAAUUGUGCCACUUGUGUCAGUUGCUAUAUCUUAGUAGUUUAAAGUGCAGACAUUCUGUUAUAGAAAAUUCUACUUAUUUUUUGAAACCGUAACUCUGACCUGAUGUUAAAUUGCAGUAGACAUGCUAAGGAAAGUUUAAGUAUCAAUAUCAAGAACUUCCGUUCAAAAAGGUUACUCAGUUAUGUAUAUUUUACCAUAAUUAAAAAUAAAAAAAUUUAAAAGACUGUUCAGGAAUCCUUUUACACUGAAAUGCUUUUAUUAGCCUUCUGCAGGCUCCAGAUUAGCUUUCUGUACAUGUUUCCCAAGUUGACUCAAAACCACUAUUCUUGGUCUUGAUACAGUUAUGAUAUCUGAUGAAAUUGCAGAUGAAAAGGAAAAAAUAUUAUGAGAAACAGUAGUCUUUUUUGUUGUUUUGAAGAGUCCCAUGAAGUUAGUUACAGGAGGUAUGAAAGUCAAAGAAUCUCUUGGUUGAAUUUUGGGUUUUAAUUUUCUUCGGUGCUCUUUCCCUAAAAAUUAGAGAGCCACAAUUAAGUGCCUCUUUCUUAAGCCUUAAGAGCCCUAGGCAUAGUCUCAUUGCUUCUAUUUCUAUAUAUUUCUGUUUUCUUCACAACACUAAAACAUACUAAGAGAACAGAUCAGUAGCUUCCAGACUUUUAGAUGCUGGAGUGCAAAAAUUUGUAGGAAUCAAUAUAUGGUUCCCAACUUUUUAUUAUGCCACGUUGGCACUAAUGGAAGCACAAAUGCCAGCUACUUUAAACAUCAUUUUGUAAAAGAAGGGAUAUUUUAAUGUCAAAAGAAAGGCAUUAUCUCAAAAUGGAGGACUUUAUGUGAAUGAAAUUAACAUGAUCAGAAACUUGAUUAUCCUUAUUUUUUCUUGUUACCACAAACCUGUGAAAACUUUAUCAGACUGUUACUGAUAUACAUAUCGUUAUUCACAAACCAAUAUUAAAAUGAAGGAAUAAUGGAACUGACUUUAUUCUUUUAUGUAAAUUACUCUUAUACUAAAGAAGUUAUACAAAAACCAGACAUUCUUUUACCCAUGAUAUUCAGAAAUAUAGCUCCCACACAUACCUAGCUUCCCCCAGAUACUCCCUGAAUAAAUGAAGUUCUUUCCUCUCCUUUGCUUUUCCUAUUCUCUUUCUAUUUGUGACUCCAGCAAAGUGAUCUUGAUUUCAGAAGGUUCUAUUUUUGCUUUUGACAGUAAAAUAAUAUUCCAAGUAAGGCUGAUUUUGGUCCUACACUAAGCACACAUGAACAAGCACUAAGCAUAUACAUAAAAUCAGUAAGUAAUUUAUUUUCCCUAUUACAUGUCUAAUAGGAAUUGAUGAGUAACAGUAUAAGAUCUGAACUCUGAUCUCACAGGCCUAGGCCACUCAGCCAUCAUCUACCAACUCUGUAUAAAACUCUACAUAGUAUCAAUGGAAGCAAUGUGGUCUGUGCCCUAAGAACUUAUAAGAUAGACAAGUGAUACAUGAAACAGAAUAAUAGCAGUCGUAAUUAAAGUCAUACUUACAUGUUGGUUCAAUAAUGACAUUACUAUGCAUGCUUAUGAGGAAAAGCAAAGAGGGAUUUCUGUCAAGUGACAUUAGUAGAGAAGCUUUAAAAGAAAUGAUUAACAUGAGCUUGUAAAUGGGAAGAUAUUUUAGGUACAUAGAAUUAGAAAAGCAGUUUACAAGUAAACUUUUUUGGUAGUCUCUACAUUUCAAAUUCUUAGAAAUGAAUAAUUGUAAAGUGUCAGGCCUAGAAAAUAUCUCAGAGAUAAAAGAAAAAUCAAUUACCUUUUUUAAAGACAGGAAUUAUGGAUGGUCCUCCAUUUUUCUCCAGACUAAAAAGAAAACAUUUUUAUCACAAAAACUAGAAAUAUAUAAAGACUUAGUACACUCAGGUACCAUGUUCAGUGCGUAAUGGUCUAAUUUAUACAUGUGACCUGUACUAACUAUGCAUGUUACCUGUAGGUAUUUUAUAUUCUGUCACUCAUUUACUCACUUAUCACCCAAAACAUUUGGGAGAGUAAAUCUGCUUGGAGUGAUCAGGGAAAGCUUCAUGGAAGAAGAGACACUUUAGCUAGGUUUUGAAGAAAAUAGAUCUUUAAAAUGGAUGAGGUGGGGGGGGAGGGUAUUCCAGAUAUAGGGAAUAGGAUAUGAAAAAUUACAAUACUAUAAAACAAUGACAUGUUCAAAGGGCACUAAGUAGUCUGGUGUGAUUGGAAUUAAAGGUAUCUGGAGACAUGAUGGGAGAUAAGGUUGGAGAAUAAAGAUCAGGGCAUUUUAUGUAUUAAGAAUAAGAGAAAAUUUAAACUUCAUUUUCAAAGCAAUGGGAUACCAAUGAAGUGUUUCAAGCCAAAGAAUAACAAGGUAUACCUAAGUUAAUAUGAUGUGUGUGGCUUUAAAAGAAGUGUUAUUUUAAUCACCAUCCUGUACAUGUAACAUCUAAAUAUGGUAUUACAAAAUUUCCCUGGUAAUAAAAUGUAAAUCUUGAUUAAAGUUAAAAUAUUAAAACUGCUUAUUACAAACAUGCUCCUGGUUAAUUUGAUGAGGAACAUUUGCUGUCAACUUUAAUGAGCACAGGCUCCAAUCCGUUUAGUAUGCCAACUUCAUGGCUAUAAGGUAACAUGAAACUAGCUAAUGUUAGGCUCAGAUUACUUUCGUGCAGAGUCAGUUAAUAAAAUCAUGGCUCUCUACAUACUUCAAAAUUUAUACAUCCAAAAACUCGUCUAAUCUGCCAUUCUUGUGGCUGAAUAGGGGUGUGGGAAUAGAGAAGUGGUAUAUACUCCAACAAAACAAUGCUGUUGUGAUCCCAACGGAAAUCAAUCUACUUUGUUUCCAGUAGUUGUAUCAAGGAAUAUCAUGUGGAACUUAAUAAUCUUUUAGUGCAUUUCCCAUAGUUUCAUUUAAAUCAAAUUCCUUUACGGGAUUGUUACGAAAAUUAAAGGGAAUAGUCUAUAUAAAUGCUCUGAGUGCACAGAACUAUUAUUAGUUAUGGGGGAAAUUAUUUGCUCACCAGUUCCACCUCACUUGGUAGCCAUUCCUAUAAGUUUACUGACCACUUGUUACUGCUUGUAAUCCUGCAAGUUGAGUGUUCACAACUCCAGAGAGUGCCAUUCACCUCACAGUCAUUGUAGAUUUGUAUAGUUACUACACCCACUUUCCAGGGAAUGGCAGUAAAGUGUACUGAGGAAGGGGCAUCUUUUUCUGAUUGCCAAAAAGUUGCCAUAUGGGCUAGCUGUGGGAGUGACUGUAAAAUAAUGCUUCCAUUAUUUAAACUAAAUUAAUUGUUUAUUAUUAAUUAGUAAAUUUUUUUUAACAUUGUCAAUUAAAGCAAUUGUAAUUUAGUUUUCCCUGGCUUAUUAUAUAAAAUUAGAUAAUCAGUUUGGGGUUUUCAGUUUUUCAAAGAAUUCAAAUUAAAGUAACUGAAGAUAUACUCAUUUUUCUCUAAAAUCGAUUUAUAGAACCAUGAUACGCUAUUGGGUCCUAUUCUCUUCUGUUAUUGUAGAGUUAAUAAUAUAUCUUGAAUAGUUCUGUUUCCUAUAUGUAAAUAGCAUUAUUUGCAGAGAGUUGUAAUUCAGCUACAAUUACAGAAAAAGAGAAAAUAUGCCCAUUGUAAGAAGAUUCUCCUCUCCUCUCUUUUUUUCAGAAACUUAAGUUCAUGAUAGAACUACAACACUGAGGCAAAAUCCUCUAAAUAAAUGCCUGGCAAUCUUUGCUAUAACUUCAGCCACCAGGUCUGAUUUAGCCCUGUUUCUGCCCUGGGAAUUUGGCCUAGCUUUGGAUCAAGUCUAAAAGUCCCAUUUGAUGCCAAGGUCAGAGUGUCAUUCCUUGUUGCCUCAGAGCUCUCAAAUGUAUCCCAGUCUACCAAAAAAUGGCUUCCUGGAUCAAACUUGGAGGCAACCAAUCUUCCAAAAACUUUUCUGAAAGGUGGAUGAAUAAUCCUGGCCAGGCAGGAUCCCCCUGGUUGUAUUUUUGUCUAUACUCACAAUUCUGUUGCUAAGUUGGAAUUAAAACAGGCUUUGGCAAUGGACAUUUAGAAUGAAAUUUAUCCUUUGUUAUACAAUGCAUAGUUUCAUAUCAAGAAUAGUUCCCCGUGUUUGUUCUUCCUUAAACUUCCUUAAAAAUUCCUCUCAGUAAUUUCAGUACUGCAACUUCAAAGACAGGAACAAUACCUUAAGGAAGGAAGUCCCACUUUUUGUUGCAUUUGAAAUUCCUUUAAAAAUGCUGGGUUUAUACUUGCAUCUCUGCUGAUAUUAUUUGUUAUACGAAGGAACUGAUUAGGCUUAUUCCUGCAUUCCUUUAAUAAGGUUCGGAAAGCAUUUGCAUUGUAAGUUAAAUAGCCAAGAGCACUGGAGCAAGCCACGCGAACCUAAAUGAAGAAGAAAGAAGUUCUCCUUAACCACUGAGCUUUGUUCUAUUUUAAUCUAACCUAGCGCUCUCAUUAAAUAUUUCAUAGGAAAGUCUCUGUAGCUAUGUAUAGCACAUGUGUAUGUCAGAUGAUGGCAAUCUACAGGUGGAAGCCUAGCAGCCAUAUUUUUAGGGAGGGCUGUCAAUUGCCAUUGAUUUCUAGUAGUUGUUCUCAGUCCCGACUGCAUUUUAAAAUCACCAGGAGUUUAAAAAAAUUUAAAAAGCCCAGCAACUAAAUACAGACUCUCUCAGUAGAAUCUAGCACUGUGUGUUGUUUUUAAAGUGCCACAGGUGAUUCUAAUAGGCAGCCUGAGUAAGAACCUUUGAGUUUGAACUAACACAGUAGGUUUUAAUCUUCACUGUGCAUUGGAAUCACCUGGAUAGCUAGGAAAAUCAUGUCUAUUCCACCCCUAGAAUCUGAUUUAAUUACUUUGGCGGUGCAUUGAACUGAACAUUGGGACUUUUCAAAACUGCACUGAUUGUAACAUAGGAAGCCAGGUAAGAGACUAUAGCAUAAAAUUAAGUUAAAAAUAUGCCGCUCAGGGAAACAACUCAAUUUUCCACUGGGAAAACCAAAGAAACAAGCACAAGUAUUAGGCCAUGGGACUCCAGAAAAAGUAAUUCUUCUUUGAAGGAAAUACCUUCUGCAUUUGACUGAAGUAAUCAGGUUGCUAAUACGAGGGUGAGUCAAAAAUUACUGCACUCUGGCUGUAGAAUUUAUGGAAGUUUUAAUACAACCAGAAUGCCAAUGAUUUUUGACUUACACUCGUAUAAUUAAGAAAAGUAUAUUCCUGGGAAGCUCUUAGGAAUAAGAAAUGCCAAAAACAAAUGAACAUAAACCAGGCCCAUGCAGGGUACCAGAAGGUUGACUUAUUGGUCUUUACAUUGGCAUCUGACUGCUGUAUAUGCCCAAAAUUCUUCCACGCCUUGAACACUGGUUCUGGACCAGCAGCCUUAGCUUCUGGGAACUUUUUUAAAAUGCACAUGUAGGGCCUACACCAAGUGUAUUAGAUCAAAAACUUUGAGAAUGGAGCCUAGCAGUCUAUAGUGUAACAAGUCCUCCAGGUGAUUCCCUUGUACCCUAAAGUUGGAGCCUUAGACCCUGUGGGAAAAGCAAAGGAAACAGAGGCAAAACACUACUAUGGCCAGCCUGGUCUUCACGUACCCUCACUCUAACGCUGUUUGGAAGGUAAGGAAAACUUUCCAAUGGAUUCCACUUUCAUUUAUUAUAAAUAAUCAUAGAAAUGACUUCGUGAUUUUAAUUACAAAAUAUAAAAUAUUUUAUCAAUAUUUAUAAAUUUCUGUAUCAUCCAUGUAUUUAUUUGUAGACUGACUCUUAAAGAUUGAAGUUAAAACGAAUGUGCAUGUUUUGUGGAAACCAGAAUGGCGAAUAGCAGAUGUAGUACUAGAAAAAUCAUCAAAUUUUGAGUUAGUAAUAUGAACUAUUAUGUAACACUCAGGCUGUGGAGAAAUUAGCCCAUAGAAGUGAGAGAGAAUCAAAUUAUAUUUUUAGAAUAUUCUAUUUUAGAAUUACUUUUUUUUCCCUUACCUCUUCUUGUCCUGAGUACAAAUGAUAGCAAAGCCGUUGGAUUGUCCCUAAUGUAGUAAAUGCUUCUGGAAUACCAGCUCUAGAAUGAGCCAGGGUAGCUAUUAAAUUCCCUAUAAGUUAAGGGAAAAAAUGCCUGUGUUAUUUAAUUGAUAUAAACUUAUAUACUGUGCUUUCAUUCACUUGCAUAUAUUAAAAAGUAUUAAAAACGCUUGAGUCACAAGACAUCUCUAUUAAUGAAGAACUGCUGAGAAAAAGCAUGCGUGUUAAAUUAGAAUAAACUUUCCCCAAAAUUAUGGUUUGGUUUUCUGUCACAAACAGUAAAAGUUAAAUAGGUUAAAUAUUUAGGUUAAAAGUUAAAUAGAUUAAAAGUUAAAUAGGUUAAAAGUUAAAUAUUUAAGAGUACAGAAUUUUAAAAAAUCAGAGGUUGGGCUUCCUAGGUGGCGCAGUGGUUAAGAAUCCGCUUGCCAAUACAGGGGACACAGGUUCGAUCCCUGCUCCAGGAAGAUCGCACAUGCCACGGAGCAACUAAGCCCGUGUGCCAAAAGAAAAAAAAAAGAAAAAAAAAAAAUCAGAGGUUUUCUUCCUCUUGGCUUCAGGAUAUAUUUUGUUUUGAGGUUUUAUGGUUUUUUUUUUUAAUGACUAUAAACAUAAUGUUUGCUGUAAGAAAAUUUAAUGUGCUUUUUGCAAUUUAGAUGGCUUUAAGAACUUAAUGGUAUUUUAAAAUCAAGGAAUGUAUUGCUUAUUGAAAGUUUAUGAUCCUUGAAAUUCUUGCCAUAAAAAAAAUGUUUUGAGAUUGAAGUAAUAAAGUGAUCUAGUAAUUAAUUAAAUGUGCAGCUACCAACUUAAAAUAGUUUCAUUCGAAUUCGUGUUUUAUUUUUAGAACUUUCAUGUGAUACUCUUACAAUAUUAUUGCUGUGUUGGAAUUAGUGUAACACAAAUUUUAUGAUAUAAAUGUAUUUUUACAUUUGUGGGUGGAUAGUGUAUUGAGGUAUUAACUGAGUUUUUGUUCUUGUAUUUUUUUCUAGCCUCCAUUAUAAGCCAGGAAGUCUUCUGUAUUUAUUGCCUCAGGAUGAGGAGGGCUUGGUUGUAUGGCCUAGAGCAAACAUUGUCUAAAGAUAACCUUUCUUUCAGGUUUAUAUUUUCAAAAGCCUGAGUUUAUAAAAGGCAUUAUGCUGGAGGACAGGACAGAGGAGUCUUUAAAGAUAGGGAGUAAGAAAUGGGGAACAAAUGGGGAAGGGCAGAGAAUCUAAGACUAAAACAGAGAUAGCAGGAGCUUUAGUGAAGAAUGGUUGAGUGGUGUACAUAGGAAAGCUGGACACUUGGCAAUAGAAAUCUCAGUCUCUGCAAAAUUCUAUGCUUUAGGAGCAUCAUCUGGAAACCAUAUCAACUUGGACUUGAGCAUAUCAUUUUUUUACAUUAUACCUGAGGCCUGAAUAUCAGGCUUUGCUUGAGAUACCCAAGACAUGCAUAUGACUCCGGAAAUGCAUAUGAUUCCAAUGGUGGAGUGCAGAGAAAGCCCACUAAUUUUUGAGAUUGUUUCUACCAGCCUGGGAAAAUUAAUAUUUGAAAGCUAGAAUAAUAUAGCACAGAAGAGUUUGAGGAGUAAAAUUUAAACCCACUACAAGUGUAAGUUUCAGAGUCAUAGAAUUACUAUGACAUUGAAUUAAGGGUGUUAUUCAGAUAAAAAUAUAUCUAGUAACUUCUUUUAAACAUGUAUUUUUCCUAGAUAGUUUUCAUCAGAAAGUUUUGGUUUGCUUGAAUUUAUCUUCCAUGCCAAGUAAGUACACUCCAUAAAAAUGUAAUUUUAUGGCAGCAAGUGGAGUUUCCUUCGCUGUGUUCAGUAAUCCAUUUCAGUUAAGAGAACAAAUACCUUAUUUAUUUUUUUGGUAGUCGUUGCUCCAUAUGGCUCUCAUUUUGAUACUAUUUUAUGUUGUAUUGAACAUGAUAGCUCAAGUGAGCUGAUGUAUUGAUUAUCUGGAGAGUUAGGUCUGCAUAGAUCAUAGUCACACAAUUAGCACUCUGUCAGAAACUCUGUUGGGCCAUUUUGCUUUGCUAUAUUGCAUAGCAACAUAGAGAACUCUUAAAUUUUAGCCAGAUAUGCACAGUUAGGCAAAAGGAAACCAGACAGAGGUUAUCAGUAUAAGUCUGCCAGUAUUAUUAUAAAUCAGUGUAUAAAUUUUGUUGUUGGUGGCUCAUAGUUGAAUUCUCAUCUUACAUUCCAGAAAAAAAGUAGGAGUUCAAAAAAGUAAUUAGGAAAUGAGAAAGGUUCUGUUUGGGGUACAGAGUCAUUGUCCCAUGUAGACUUAACUCUGGAGUUCCAUAUAGACUUACAAGAGUUCAUUCUUGAAACUGUGUGACAGAAUAUCAGGCUUAUUAUUUUCUUAUUGCACAGAUUACAAAAAAAUUUUUUUGAAAAUAGUUUUAUGUGGAUAUGAUUAGCUUCUAGUUAUUUCUUACCUGUCAAGACAAUAGUAGUAGAAUGAACUGAAUACAGACUAUCAACUAAAAUAGUAACACCUCUUGCAGUCAAAGUAAUGUGGUCCACAUCUAUAAUGACUUUAGCUAAUAUAAUAAUCUAAAAAGAAAAAAGAGGCAUAGAAUCAUUGAACAUUUUCUACGCAGCUCCUGUGAUUAACCUUUUAUUUCUGAGGGGAUGCUUCUCAGAAAAGAGGGGUAAUUUGGUAUGAUUCAAUAGAAGAGAAGCAAGUUGUGCAGGGAGGACCUAGAGUAUGUAUCCCUAUCUGAUCACUGCAGUGACCACUGUAGGCCAUAUUAUUCUUUCUACAGUGUUUGCAACUUUCGCAUCCUUGAAGUAUGGGUUCAUAGAAAAUACUAAAGGUCAUAGGAUAGAAAAAGGAGAGAAAAUAAGACCGAGAAGAAUCCAGAUAUAUAUGGUUGUCUAUAUGAUUGAAGAAUUAGGUGAUCAGCUAAAGAUUUGCAGUUAGAAAACUUGUCUUGGACACUACCAUGUUUCUCUGUCUACUUCCUUGUAAAAUAGGGGUAAUGAAAAUAAUACUGUAUGCCUAUCAACCUGAUAGGGUUGUUAUAAGCAUCAGAUGAGGUAUAAAGGCAAAAGGGCCUUGUAGCUUGUUAAAUUCUAUAUAAAUGAAGAAAUCCUCAUAGAUAGUGGAGUUUUUAUAAGGUGGAAGAGGCUUGUGUAAAAAUACUGUCCAGGGACUUCCUAGGUGGUGCAGUGGGUAAGAAUCCGCCUGCCAGUGCAGAGGACAUGGGUUCGAUCCCUGCCCCAGGAAGAUACCACAUGCCGCAGAGCAACUAAGCCCAUGCACCACAACUAUUGAGCCUGCGCUUUAGAACCCGUGAGCCACAACUAUUGAGCCCAUGUGCUGCAACUACUGAAGCCCACGCACCUAGAGCCUGUGCUCUGCAACAAGAGAGGCCACCACAAUGAGAAGCCUGCGCACCACAACGAAGAGUAGCCCCCACUCACCGCAACUAGAGAAAGCCCGUGUGCAGCAACAAAGACCCAACACAGCCAAUAAAAUAAAUAAAUAAAAAUACUGUCCAAAGACAUAUUGAUUUGAAGUUUUAACCUUCAAUUUUAUACCUGAAAUGCUGCCAUCACCUUCUCAGUUUCAACUGUUGAUUCAAGAAAAGGUUCAAAAAUUGAUAUGGUCAUUAUUCCACUUUCCAAUAUUAAGUAUUGUUGAAAGCGAUUAUUGAAGGCAAAAAGGGUUAAUGCAUAGCCUGCUCUUAAACAAAUAUCCUAGGAAUAGGAGAAACAUGCAUUAUCUUUAACUUCAUUUAUCAUGCUAAUCAGGUAAUAGGUUUUAAUUCUUGCAUGUUAACAUAUAUUUCAUUCUUAUCUCUGGGAGAAAAAUAUGACAUUAUUGGGGAAAACAGAUAAUAGAGUUACCCCAGAAUGUUACUGAACAGAUAAAAUAGAAAAUUAGGUUGUGGUACCAGGGAAAAGAGAGAAAAAAUUUUAAUUUUUAAACGGAAUGUUGGAUUACUGAUUAUGCAAAUGAAUGCCUAAAUGGUAAUAGGAAACUCCAUAAUUUCAUUAACCUUCAACUUUUUUGUUUCAACAUAUUUUUAUUUUGGGACUUCCCUGGUGGUGCAGUGGUUAAGACUCUGAGCUCCCAAUGCAGGGGGCCUGGGUUCAAUCCCUGGUCAAGGAACUAGACCCCACAUGCAUGCCACAACUAAGGAGCACAUGUGCUGCAACUAAGGAGCCUACUUGCCGCAACUAAGAUACAGCUCAACCAAAUAAAUUAAUUAAAUUUAAAAAAUAAAACUUUUAUUUUUAUUUCAACAUUUUGAAAUAAAGUUGAUAAAUCAAAACUUCUCUUGUAUAGCAUAUGUAUUGAAUUUUAUGCAUUGUGAUGAUACCUAUCAUGUCUUAAAAUAAGUACAAAUGUUACAAAGUUUAUUUGUAAAAUUCUGCGUACUAUAAUGGAGAAUAAAAGAAAAAUGA